AUGUCAGACAAAGUUCAAGGAGAUCCAAAAGCGGACGCGGCUGUUUUCAAAAGACUAUAUGAGACCAUCGUGAAGACCUAUGCUGACUUGACGGCAGGGAGUGAGAUUGCCUCUAAUUAUUACAUGGAAUGUACAAAGGAGAAACAGAUCACUGAUGAACAUAUUGAAGAACUACUAAAGAUGGAGAUCAAACACAAGGAGCUUACAGGCAAUUUUGAACGCUAUGCGGGAAAAUACCGAUGGGCAAACAACUUAGUCCGCCAGGGCUCACAAAUCGACCAGUCUCACAUCGAAACGCUCACGACCGAGCACGAAAAGACAAAUACUAAUCGUAAUCGGACUAAGCAGUGUUUUGCAGCGAGUGACGGCUUCGCUACCUAUGUAAAGACGAUUUUACAAUCAGGAAUCAGCUCGGCGAAUGAGUAUAUCCAAGAACGUACAGACUGGAGGCAAAAUAACCACGGCAACGAAGCUCCGCCAUCUACCGAUGGUAUCACAAAGGCUUCUCGAUACAAGAAGAGCUCUGAUAAGUGCACCGAGGCCACUCUGUUUCUCCCUCUCUAUUCAGAACCACAAGGAGCUUUGCGUUACAUCAUCAAGGAGUGGCAACAUGUGCAAUCUGAAGUAGACAGCUGGGAAGCUUCGUAUUCGCCUUGGAUUCCUAAAGAGCCAACCCUGUCUCCAAGUUUCAGUCAAAGUGAAGAGGAAUUUGGACACGACACAGAGUCUUUACCUGAUCAAUCAAACUACCAUAAGGACGGUAAUACACCUCAAGCCACGGUCAGCUCCGUGGCUCAAGCGAUGGAGUGGCUGGAAGGAUAUGACGAUGGAUUUAAAAUAGACUUCGGCUGCGCAGAAUGA